AUGGCUGUGCUGGGGCGGCGGCGGACUCCGAAAAAAGGGAGGCGGAUGCUGCAGGAGACCGUGUCCAAGGAGACCGGGCUCCGAGAGAAGCUGUGCGCCGUGCAGUCGGAGAACUCCGCGAUGAAGUCUGAGCACGCGCAGACCGUGAGUCAGCUCUCGGCCCAGCACGAGGCCCUGCGUGGCAGCUUCCGAGACCAGGUGCUGCAGCUGCAGGAGGAGCACCGGCGGACGGUGGAGACGCUGCAGCAGCAGCUGACCAGGCUGGAGGCCCAGCUCUUCCAGCUCCGGAGCGAGCCGUCCACAAGAAGCCCAGCUUCUUCCCAGCAACCUUUGAGGAGCCUUCGAGAAAGGAGAAGCACAGACCUCCCGCUUCUGGAUGUGCCAGCCACGACCCGGGAGGAGGGGGAGGGGAUGGAGACCACGGACACGGAGUCCAUAUCUUCCGCCGGCAUCCAGGCGCAGUCCUUAGAGCAGCUGCUCCGUUCUCCCGAAGCCAGACUCGAGCCUCCUUCCUCGCACGCUGAAUUCACCAAAGAAGAAUUGGUUCAAAAGCUCAGUUCCACCACAAAAAGUGCCGACCACUUAAACGGGCUGCUUCGGGAAACAGAAGCCACCAACGCCAUCCUCAUGGAGCAGAUUAAGCUUCUGAAGAGUGAAAUAAGGCGGCUGGAGAGGAACCAGGCGCGAGAGCAGUCGGCCGCCAACCUGGAAUACCUGAAGAACGUGCUGCUGCGGUUCAUCCUCCUGAAGCCGGGAAGCGAGCGGGAGCGGCUGCUGCCCGUGGACACGAUGCUGCAGCUCAGCCCCGAGGAGAAGGCCAGGCUGGCCGUCGCCGCCCAAGGUGAGGGGGAAAAUGCUUCCCGUUCCUCCGGCCGGGCGUCCUAUCUGCACAGCUGGUCUGGACUUCGAUAGACCGAUGGGAAAAGCA